AUGCCGGCCGCCGCAGCAUCAGCAUCGGCCGCCUGCCGCCAGAUCGCCAGAUUCUGUCUGCCAUGGGCAGCGGAUAAUUGCAAUCUCCCCGGCGAGACCGGCUUCAUUCACGAUCUUCAGUAUCAACAACAACCGUUGGCGACCGCUGGUCUCCCGGGUGCGGAUUUUGGGCUCUUCGGACCUGAAUCCGUCCACACCGAUCCGAGCCUUACCUAUUUUCUUGAUCCGACACCUUGGGACACUCUGCCGUGGACGUCUGCCGCUACUGCGACGCCUCACGUCAGUGCCAGUCCCCUCGACAGCUCAAUUGACCAAUCAUUCCCCUACAUUGACACUACACCACCCACCCUCUUCGACACCUUCCCGGAUAGCCUCCUUCCUCCUCACCUGGAUCCUCUCUUCGGCUCCAGUGACAGCUCGAACAACAACAGUCCUAAUCAGCCUCCACCCCUGGACAUGUCAGUAUACACUGCUGCGCCGGGGGCCCCAUCAUCUCACCGUUCCUCGCCCAACUCUGACGGCCAAGGCCAAGAGAUAUCGACCCCCCACACCGACAAGAUCCUGCGUCGGCAGCGAAACACCAUCGCCGCACGCAAGUAUCGCCAGAAGAAGGUUGAUCGCAUCUCGGACCUCGAGAAGAUGUUGGAGGACAUGACGCGCGAACGCGACGAACUCCGUCUUCGUCUCGCGCGUCAGGAGGCAGAGACCGAGGCUCUCAGGAGCGUCAUGCGCAAGGAAACUAAGCCGUAG